UCUCCCCCCAUCUAUAUCUCUGAUUUAAACACCUGUCACUAUCGAAGUACCAUUGUUAAUUCUUGUUGUCAAGUGUUGGGGUUUCAACUUAGUGGCACCCAUCAGAUCAGCGAAAGUUUCUCAACAUGAUUAUGGUGGAUCAGUUGUGUACGGAUGCGGAAGAACGAGAAGACGAUAAGGAGUCAGUAAACAGCUUAGAUGGUACAAUGGGUUCUGAUUUAGUGCUCAGUAAUUCACUGUGUAGUUCAAGAAAUGAAACUCUAGAGCUCUCAUUGACAUUUGUUAGCAGCACAGACGCUAACGAAACCAUAUAUCUUCUCUUAUAUAUAUGAACGAAACCCGAAACUGUUUUAGUCCCAACGAAAGCCACGAAGUUAUUUCACUAGUGGAUCCAAAGGACGCUAGCAAUUACUAUGACCUAACACGUAUUCCACAAGACUCAACUUUAGUGGAAAAUUUACAACUUUCUUUUCAAUCAAAUGCCUCAAAGCUCGUCCUUUGCCAACAGAAUUUGGACGAAACAACUCAUAAUAUUCUUUCCGUUCGUGAUGCCGUGGAUGUUAGUAUAUAUAGGGAAGCUGUUUCACAAGAAAGUCCAAACAAUAGCUUCAUCGGCUUUUUACAUAAGCAGUUGACCGCAUCAGGUUUAGACUUGGUGGGUGAUUUACACCAAUCCUAUUGUUCGAAUGAUUCUAAACUAGUUUGGGAACAAAACGUGGACGAAACAGCACGUGAAACUUAUUUCGCCCAACUCAAUGAAAACGAUGGACUAGAAGGUAUAGAAGAAUUGUUGGAGGAAUCGCGGGAAGGUGGGGGGUCGCCCACACAAUUUGACAAGAACGAAAGCAUAAUUGAUCAAGGUAAUGCUGACGUGCUUUUGAAUUCAUCCAGUCAUACGCAACCUCCUACAAGCGUCAUCUGUAAGAAACGUCGCUCCAAUUUUCCAAUGGAACGGCCCCCCUCACGACUUCGCAUUGAAAAUGAAGCAAAUAUGCAGUGGAUGAAACCUGCCGAAACUAGUCAAUACACUCACUCCCAGGCAUCUCAUUCUCAAUUGAAUCCAAAUACUAGAUCACAAAGCACGAUACUGCUCGCUUCACAACUAGUAUUAGAAAACCAAUCAAUUACAAAUGGAAUCGAACUUGUUGGUAUUGCAAACUCCCAAACUGCCGAAGAUGACCAAACUUUGGUAAUUGAUAUAAAUAACCAGUCCCAGGGAUUCGGCUCUCAAUUGUUGGAAGAAUCGCUCAAUUUUUUGGACCCGGUUAUGUUUCCAAACGAAAAUACGGAGAAUUAUAAACUAGACGUAUCUGUUAAUAGAUCUCCAUCACUUCUUCGUGAAAAUCGAGAUAUUUCCCCUCACGAAUCUUUUAACAUAGUAAAUGUUGUGCUGAAUUUUGAUGCGAGUAGAAGCAGCACGCCUAGACACCAUUCAAUUGACAAUCACGAACUACUCAAUCGAACUGAUGCAACUAUGGAGAUUAUAAAUUUACCAUUGCAAGAAACCAGUUUACGCGAUGGUAAUUUGAACAUACUCACCGGCAAAAACUCGCCAUUAUCGACCGGUUCAAAUGAAAAUCUUACCGACCCACAGAAACGAAUAAGAAGUGCCCUGAAUCGUAUAACCAUGGAUAAGGAGUUGGUGUACAAAGGUCCGAGAGGCCUGUACGGCGAAAAAAUUGAAGAGAAGAAUCAGAGACUAAUACAAGAAGUAGAAAAUUUUUUUUACAAGAUGCUGGUAAAAGCUGUCAAUAAAAAGCCGUUCAUGAUGAAUGUUCAACUAUGUAAUUUAGGAAACUGCACAUAUGAGAAUGGAAUAGUGGAGUUGAAGAAAUUUGAUAAGUGCAUCUUUCAACAGAUGUGUACUUGGUCCAGACCUAGAAGGCGAUUCAACAUCAUAGUGUACCUUCUUGCAAGAAUGUAUGCCUUAUGUAUACGUGGUUCUGAAUGCACUAUAAGAGAAAUUUACUAUUGUUUAAAGGAAUAUAUGCAAUGCCAACGUGAGAUCGAAGACGCCGUGAACAUUAUAAGCUGCUUUUUGGAAAUAGAGCAUUGGUAUCUUCCGAUUAUGUCUACUAGUAAGGGCUUAGCACUUGGUGCGCUUACAGUUUACACGUCAGCAGGGGAAGUUAUAAAUUUUAACGUCGCAGGAGGACUGCUCAUUCCGCAAAAGUUAAUAUCAGUAACAAAAAUAGAAAGCGAUGCGCACUGUAUACUGGUUGUAGAAAAAGAUACGAUUUUCAAAAAGCUGGCCGAUGAGAAUUUUUCCAACAAAUUAACAAGGCCCUUUAUCCUCGUCACGGGAAAAGGAUUUCCGGAUAUUAUCCUUAUCCAUGGUUAUACGAUUCAGGGCACUUUUUAUUCGUUUCUGUGGGUCGGUAAGAUUUUCAUUUGAACCGGUCGAUAAUGGCGAGUUUUUGCCGGUGAGUAUGUUCAAAUUACCAUCGCGUAAACUGGUUUCUUGCAAUGGUAAAUUUAUAAUCUCCAUAGUUGCAUCAGUUCGAUUGAGUAGUUCGUGAUUGUCAAUUGAAUGGUGUCUAGGCGUGCUGCUUCUACUCGCAUCAAAAUUCAGCACAACAUUUACUAUGUUAAAAGAUUCGUGAGGGGAAAUAUCUCGAUUUUCACGAAGAAGUGAUGGAGAUCUAUUAACAGAUACGUCUAGUUUAUAAUUCUCCGUAUUUUCGUUUGGAAACAUAACCGGGUCCAAAAAAUUGAGCGAUUCUUCCAACAAUUGAGAGCCGAAUCCCUGGGACUGGUUAUUUAUAUCAAUUACCAAAGUUUGGUCAUCUUCGGCAGUUUGGGAGUUUGCAAUACCAACAAGUUCGAUUCCAUUUGUAAUUGAUUGGUUUUCUAAUACUAGUUGUGAAGCGAGCAGUAUCGUGCUUUGUGAUCUAGUAUUUGGAUUCAAUUGAGAAUGAGAUGCCUGGGAGUGAGUGUAUUGACUAGUUUCGGCAGGUUUCAUCCACUGCAUAUUUGCUUCAUUUUCAAUGCGAAGUCGUGAGGGGGGCCGUUCCAUUGGAAAAUUGGAGCGACGUUUCUUACAGAUGACGCUUGUAGGAGGUUGCGUAUGACUGGAUGAAUUCAAAAGCACGUCAGCAUUACCUUGAUCAAUUAUGCUUUCGUUCUUGUCAAAUUGUGUGGGCGACUCCCCACCUUCCCGCGAUUCCUCCAACAAUUCUUCUAUACCUUCUAGUCCAUCGUUUUCAUUGAGUUGGGCGAAAUAAGUUUCACGUGCUGUUUCGUCCACGUUUUGUUCCCAAACUAGUUUAGAAUCAUUCGAACAAUAGGAUUGGUGUAAAUCACCCACCAAGUCUAAACCUGAUGCGGUCAACUGCUUAUGUAAAAAGCCGAUGAAGCUACUGUUUGGACUUUCUUGUGAAACAGCUUCCCUAUAUAUACUAACAUCCACGGCAUCACAA